AUGAAGGACUAUUACGAAUUAGAAUUAAUCUAUAGAUUAUUUUUGGAAAAAUUUGAUAGGGAACAGCGAGCAGAAAAGAAUGCUGAAGCGGGCGACUUGUCAAGUGAUACUGUGCUUACGGUUGAAAAUUCAAAAUUUAUGGAUAUAGACAACUUGAGGAAUCAAACAUAUUCCAAUUUUAAUGCGGAAGAAAUAAGUGUGCUUCACAAAGCUUCCGAACGAAUUCGUUGCAAUGCCAAAUUUUCUAGCUUCGACGAGUUCGAAACUUUUUUUGAGGCGUACAAAAUUGUUAACUUUGCACCUUACCGUAUAGCGAGAUACGAUUAUAGAGAGGGGAGCAACAAUGUCGGUCAAGUUGUUGCGUAUUUUAGCAUCAUAUAUCGAUGUACAUUUGGCAGUAAAGAGCAUAAUAAAAGAAGAGGCAAAAUAUGGUGGUGCUCACCACGUUGUAAAGCCAUGUUGCGAGUGUUGAUCACAUCAGAAAGACAUAUUUUCAAAAUCAAAACCUUCAAACGAGAACACAGCCAUCACUUGAGCGAAAAAAACUAUCAAGCAUCGAUGGGAAUAGAAACGAGAAUCGGUGGGUUUUUGGUUCAUUGA